AGGGCUGAAGAAUGCAAAGUUACUGGAAGAAACGUAGCUUAACCGAAAAAAAUAUACGAAAAAUGCCAACAAGGAAAUAAUGAUCUGCUAUUACAAGUCUAGUCCAACUAGAAGAGGUUAUUUAAAAAGAAUGUACCAAAUUUGGAAAGAGAAGCAUCCAGAUACAGAAAUAACAGAACAAAGGCUAGCAGACCAGAGAAGAUUCGUUAUAAGAAAUAAAGUAUUCACAGGAGUUGAGCUGGAAGAACUGCAAAGAGCAACACAGGCUCAAGACAUGGAAGAAGAAUUACCACCAAUGGAAGCAGUUGCUCAGGCGCAGAUGGAGGAGGUGUUGGAAAUAGAGGAUACCACCGUUGCUGAACUGUUUCAAAAUCAAAACCAGACAACCUCCCCUUUGCCUUCACCUCAAAAACCCAAAUGCCGUUUAACAGAAAAGCAACAAGAACUAAAGCAAAAAAUAACUGAGCACAUGAACCAAACAACCACCAGGGUUCGACUACCCGCUCUAAAAACAGUUGCCAAAAAACAACUUGCUCAGGCAUUAAAAGAUGUCAGUGCUGCACUUGCAGAGAUAACAACCAAGAAUUUGCAAGAAACAAACCAACUCAUGUACAGUGCAGCAACAAUAACAACACAAGAGCUCGGAUAUAAGAUCUGUGGACCUGUAAAAAAAGAAAGCAGUACAUCACCUAAAUGGAAGAUUAGAUUAGAAAAUAAAAUCUCCAGGCUUAGAUCAGAUGCUAGUAAAUUGAAAGCUAUGAAAGACAAGAAGCUGAAGAAUGAAAACACCAAACAGUAUCUGAUCCAAAAAUACCACCUAGAUUCAAGGAAAAUUAGAGAAGUCCUGGAAAUAAUAAAGCAGCAAAUAACAGCAGUGUCAAAGAAGAUUAGCAGAUACGAAGCCAGAAUUACACAACACAGGCAGAAUCUCCAAUUCCAGUCAAAUCAGAGAUGUUUCUACCAAAGCAUAGAAGGAGAAACUGCAAGAAACCUAGAAACACCAAAUAAAGAAAAAACAGUGCAAUUCUGGGGAAAAUUAUGGGACAAUCCAAUAGAUUAUAAUUAAAAAGCAGGCUGGAUGAAAGAGGUCAAAAAAUGUAACCAACAAAUGCAAGAUCUAAUAAUAACACCAGAAUUAAUAAGUGAAAGAGCAAAGAAAAUUAAAAAUUGGACUGCUCCAGUCGACGAUGAACUGCAUGGCUUUUGGCUUAAACACCUAACAAGCCUUCAUAAACAACUUUCAAAACAGUUCAAUCACAUUUUGCAAGGAGGUGAUAUUGAACAAUGGCUAACAACUGGGAAAACUCAUCUCAUCAUGAAAGACCCAGCAAAAGGUGCAGUUCCAAGUAAUUAUAGACCGAUAACCUGUCUGCCAACCAUGUUCAAAUUAUUAACUGGAAUAAUAGCAGAUGAAGUGAUGCAACACUUAUUAACUAACAAACAGCUUCCAGUUGAACAGAAAGGAAAUUGCCCAGACACCAGAGGCACAAAAGACCAGCUGCUGAUUGACAAAAUGAUUUUAGAAAAUUACAAGAGAAGAAAAACCAAUCUAAGUGUUGCGUGGAUUGACUACAAGAAAGCCUUUGAUUCAUUGCCUCACACAUGGAUACUAAAAUGUUUAGAAACAACUGGUGUCAGCAAAAACAUUCAGAUAUUUAUUUAAAAAGCAAUGAGCAUGUGGAGUACACAGUUAACAAUGGCGAGACACUUGGACAGGUUAGCAUUAGAAGAGGCAUUUUCCAAGGGGACUCACUAACCCCUCUGUUGUUUGUAAUCGCCAUGACCUCACUUUCACAAAUACUAAACAAAACAGGCCUCAGAUACCAAACAUCUAAAACAUCAAGUCAAAUCAACCAUCUGCUGUACAUGGACGAUCUGAAGUUGUAUGGAAAGUCCCAGUCAGAAAUCGGAUCACUGCUAAAUACUGUCCGUAUAUUCAGUAGCGAUAUAGCAAUGGAGUUUGGACUAGACAUGCUGCAUUAAUAAUGAACAGAGGGAAAAUAACAAAAACAGAAGGAAUAGAACUGCCCAAUGGAAGCAAGAUCAAGUACCUGGAAGAGAAAGAACCUUACAAAUACUUGGGCAUUCUCCAGGCUGAUAACAUCGCACACACUGAAGUUAAAAGAAAAAUUGGAAGUGAAUACAUCAGGAGAGUUAGAAAAAUCCUCAAGUCCAAACUCAAUGGCGGGAACACCAUACAAGCCAUAAACACCUGGGCUAUACCUGUUAUCAGAUACACUGCAGGAAUAAUAGACUGGACCCAGGCAGAGCUAGAGAUGCUGGAUCGUAAGACCAGGAAAAUCAUGACCAUCAAUCAUGCUCUGCACCCCCGCAGUGAUGUCGAUAGGCUCUACCUCCCUCGCAGCUCAGGUGGAAGAGGAAUGCGGCAAGUCCAUCAAACAGUAGAGGAGGAGAAAAGAGGCCUUGAAGAAUAUAUCAAGGACAGUGAAGAAGAUGCACUUCAAAUGGUCAAGAACGCGAAACUAUUCAACACCAAUGAAACAAAACAGGCCUACAAGAAAGAACAAGUCAAGAACCGAGCAGAAAAAUGGAGAAAUAAGCCCCUGCAUGGUCAAUAUUUACACAAUAUAACUGGGAAAUCAGACAUCACCAAGACCUGGCAAUGGCUUAAGAAUGACAACUUGAAGAAAGAAACUGAGGGUUUAAUACUUGCUGCACAAGAACAGGCACUAAGAACAAAUGCAAUAAGAGCAAAAGUAGAAAAAUCAACAACAAACAGCAAGUGCCACCUUUGUAAAGAAGCAGAUGAAACAGUGAACCACCUAAUCAGCUGUUGUAAAAAGAUCACACAGACUGACUACAAACAAAGGCAUGACAAGGUAGCAGGGAUGAUACACUGGAACAUCUGCAAAAAAAUACAGGCUACCUGUAGCCUAACAUUGGUGGGACCAUAAAAUUGAAAAAGUGGUAGAAAAUGAAGAUGUAAAAAUAUUAUGGGACUUCUGACUACAAACAGACAAACAUCUGCCACACAAUACACCAGAUAUCACUGUAGUCGAGAAGAAAGAAAAAUAAGUUAAAAUAAUCGACAUAGCAAUACCAGGGGAUAGCAGAAUAGAAGAAAAAGAAAUAGAAAAAAUCACCAGAUACAAAGAUCUACAAAUUGAAAUUGAAAGGCUGUGGCAGAAAAAGACCCAAAUCAUCCCAGUGGUAAUUGGCGCCCUGGCUGUAGUUCCAAAAGACCUUGAAGAGCACCUCAACACCAUCGGGGCCACAGAAAUCACCAUCAGCCAAUUACAAAAAGCAGCUUUACUGGGAGCAGCCUAUAUUCUGCAACGAUAUCCAUAACAAUUGACAAUAAAAUCCAGCCAUCCCAGGUCCUUGGGAAGGACUCGAUGUCUGGAUAAAACAAACCAGUCAAUAACACCUGUCUGACUGUGUAAACAAGUAAUAUCCCAUCUUUUUGUCCCAGCACUGUAACACUUAAAGCAGCUAAGAGCAGGAAGUGUAUUGUUCUUAAGAAUACAGUGUUAUUAUUUAUUAGCCCAUUCUCCUCUGAGCUCAAGGAGAUAGAAGGUUCUCAUCUCUUUUUAUCCUCACAACAAUCCUGUGAGGGUGUACGUCCGGCAACGUGACAUUUUGCAACAUGCAAGCUCCCAAGCGGAACUUCACCAUGAAGGUCUGACAUAUUUGCAUCAAGACUCCUGCAUCAAGAAUUCUCAAAGCUCAAGAAGCUUCGAGAGGAAAAGCCAAGUUCAAAGGAUUCCGAGUAGCUUUGCGAUUUAAAUUUAGCGAUUUUUACAGUC